UAGAGAGAGGGAGAGCUGUCUCUGAGAGGAAGCGAGAUAUGUGUGCACUGGCUAAAAUAUGGAUCAUUUCCAUUCCAUUCCAUUUUCCUGCGAUUCCCCUAAGAGGCUGUGAAAACUAGGAUAUUUUAAUCUGUCUGUCUCCUUUCAGCCCGAAUCAACUUUGCCGUUUUUGCGCAAAAUGGAUGCAGUGAGUUUUGCCGUGAGGAUCUUCUGGUUUGUGCUCAUCGGGGGGAACAGAAUGAGCAGGGCCAUGCUGAGUGAUAUUGGUGACUAUGUUGGCACAGACAUUGAAAUAUCCUGGUUGCCUAAUCUGGAUGAUUUAAUGAAAGGGUAUGCUCGAAACUUUCGCCCAGGAAUUGGAGGACCUCCUGUAAAUGUCUCCAUGGCCAUUGAAGUUGCCAGUAUUGACCAUAUCUCAGAAGCCAACAUGGAAUACACCAUGACGGUGUUUCUGCGGCAGAGUUGGAGAGAUGACCGUCUGUCCUACAACCACACAAACAAAACUCUUGGCCUGGACAGCCGCUUUGUGGACAAACUCUGGUUACCAGACACAUUCAUAGUUAAUGCCAAAUCAGCCUGGUUUCAUGAUGUUACUGUGGAGAACAAACUCAUACGCCUGCAGCCUGAUGGAGUCAUUCUCUACAGCAGUCGAAUUACAUCUACAGCUGCAUGCGACAUGGACCUCACAAAAUACCCCAUGGAUGAACAGGAAUGCAUGCUAGACUUGGAAAGCUAUGGCUACUCUUCAGAAGACAUUGUGUAUCACUGGUCAGAGAGUCAGAAACACAUCCAUGGGCUGGACAAAUUGGAGCUGUCCCAGUUCACCAUUAUAGAUUAUCGCUUUGUCACAGAGAUGAUUAACUUUAAAUCUGCAGGGAGAUUUCCACGUCUCAGCUUACGAUUUCAACUAAGGCGUAACCGAGGUGUAUACAUCAUCCAGUCCUACAUGCCCUCCAUCUUACUGGUUGCCAUGUCAUGGGUUUCAUUCUGGAUCAGCCAAUCAGCUGUACCAGCAAGAGUGUCUUUAGGAAUCACAACAGUGCUCACCAUGACAACACUGAUGGUCAGUGCUCGUUCAUCAUUGCCCCGUGCUUCUGCCAUCAAAGCUCUGGACGUGUAUUUCUGGAUCUGCUACGUCUUUGUGUUUGCUGCCUUGAUCGAAUAUGCUUUUGCUCACUAUAAUGCAGACUACAGCAAGAAGGAGAAAGCCAAAGUCAAGACGAAUAAGAGUACAGAGUCCAUGGUAAAGAAUGGAAAGCAGGCCAUGGUUCUGUUUUCGCUUUCUGUGGCUGGCAUGAACCAGGGUCUCCUCGUAUCAAACAGGCAAAACAGGGCCCAGCGGGCCACUGACCCUCCUGGAGAUCUGCAUGAAGAGACUCGUGGCACUCAGUCCCGUCGGGCACAGAAGGAAAGCAGGGAUGAGAAGAAAUGCUGCAAGUGUAAACCUAUUGAUGCUGAUACCAUUGAUAUCUACGCUCGUGCUGUCUUCCCUUUCACCUUUGCUGUAGUAAAUGUCAUCUAUUGGGUGGCAUAUACAAUGUAAAUGAUUUAUACAAUUUUGAGCUCUGCAUGUAUAUAAAUCAAUAAACGAUGUGACAACAGAACUAUACAAUUAUUACAAUAUGACAUUAUCUGGAUUAUUAAGUCUUAUCAAUAUGAUGAUGUAGGGUAGUCUUUUAGAAUAUAUUAAAUGCAUUGUUGAAUUCAGUUUUUUGGAAGAAGGAAGGUCUGUUGCAUUUUAGAAGACUGAUACAUAACCUCUGCAUCUUUACAAAUAGUCUUUGAUGCUUUACAAUGACAUUUCCUUGUUGCGUUUUUGCUCUUUCAUAAUAUUUGCACCAGAAAAUCCUUCUAAGUACUAGUAUGAAUGAAAUAAUGCAGAACGUUAUACUGCUUUAUGAAUGAAUCUCUUAUCUUCAUUCCUACCUUCUCCAUCUUUAAAACUUUCGGAAACACUUUCUAUGAAGCCUGUAUUUAUAAUACAUUAUAAGGGU